AUGAGACUGUAUUUGCAGUGGCUCUGUGCCCUGCACUUGCAAGGGGUCGUGCAUCAUGAGGGUGGCUGCCCUGUGCCUCGCUCUGCUGGUCUCCCUUUGCCCUGCCCUCACCAGCUCCCACCCAUUCACUCCAACUCUGCCUCCCAUGAUGUACAGACAUGGGUAAAUCAGCAGGAUUGCACACCCACAACACCACAUGGCAACAUCCCUGGAGAGGAGGGUGCUUCUGGAGCUCAAUGCGCAGAGGAGGACGAGAGGGUCCGGAGCUCACACAGCACGGAGGAGGGCGAGAGGGUCCAGAGCUCACACAGCGCGGAGGAGGGCGAGAGGGUCCGGAGCUCACACAGCGCGGAGGAGGGCGAGAGGGUCCGGAGCUCACACAGCGCGGAGGAGGGCGAGAGGGUCCGGAGCUCACACAGCGCGGAGGAGGGCGAGAGGGUCCGGAGCUCACACAGCGCGGAGGAGGGCGAGAGGGUCCGGAGCUCACACAGCGCGGAGGAGGGCGAGAGGGUCCGGAGCUCACACAGCGCGGAGGAGGGCGAGAGGGUCCGGAGCUCACACAGCGCGGAGGAGGGCGAGAGGGUCCGGAGCUCACACAGCGCGGAGGAGGGCGAGAGGGUCCGGAGCUCACACAGCGCGGAGGAGGGCGAGAGGGUCCGGAGCUCACACAGCGCGGAGGAGGGCGAGAGGGUCCGGAGCUCACACAGCGCGGAGGAGGACGAGAGGGUCCGGAGCUCACACAGCGCGGAGGAGGGCGAGAGGGUCCGGAGCUCACACAGCGCGGAGGAGGGCGAGAGGGUCCGGAGCUCACACAGCGCGGAGGAGGGCGAGAGGGUCCGGAGCUCACACAGCGCGGAGGAGGACGAGAGGGUCCGGAGCUCACACAGCGCGGAGGAGGGCGAGAGGGACCGGAGCUCACACAGCGCGGAGGAGGGCGAGAGGGUCCGGAGCUCACACAGCGCGGAGGAGGACGAGAGGGUCCGGAGCUCACACAGCGCGGAGGAGGGCGAGAGGGUCCGGAGCUCACACAGCGCGGAGGAGGGCGAGAGGGUCCGGAGCUCACACAGCGCGGAGGAGGGCGAGAGGGUCCGGAGCUCACACAGCGCGGAGGAGGGCGAGAGGGUCCGGAGCUCACACAGCGCGGAGGAGGGCGAGAGGGUCCGGAGCUCACACAGCGCGGAGGAGGGCGAGAGGGACCGGAGCUCACACAGCGCGGAGGAGGGCGAGAGGGUCCGGAGCUCACACAGCGCGGAGGAGGGCGAGAGGGUCCGGAGCUCACACAGCGCGGAGGAGGGCGAGAGGGACCGGAGCUCACACAGCGCGGAGGAGGGCGAGAGGGUCCGUUGCUAAUUUAGUGUAGUGCUAACAUAUUGAAUCACAUACCGCUUUGUAGUUUUCCAUAUGUUUACCAAAAAGCUGACAAAACGAAAAAAUGUGAC